UUUUGAAAGUCACAACCGGAAGCCGAACCCUCUCCUUCGCGCGAGCUCGACUACACUCGGCUCUGUGUUCAGCUCCAGCCAGCAGCGGCCGAGGCAGGAGAAGAGUGGCGGCGAGUGUUUGUCUACGGCGGCGUUUUACCGUGCGAAAAAACACCAACUAGAGCCGAAGAGGAGAGGACCAAACCCCGCUGGCUGCUCCAGACGACCUCAACAAACCAUGGACUAUGAUAACAUUUAACCAGAGGCUUGUAACGGCGCGCUGUUUUGACGACAAGCGGCGUUUUUAUUGAAACAUCUGUAAGAGCAUAAUAAUGAGGGCGUCCGCUAUUCUUUACGGUGGUUUUUCCUUUUCCUGCGAGGUUUAAGUGAAGACGCAGAGUGACACUAUUUAUAUAAGUGCGUCGCUUUUUUUUUUUUAAAGAGGCAUCCUCUCAAGGAAUAGACGCACCGAAGAAGGGGACACCAGCCUGCAGAAAUCUAAGGGUAAUCCCCCUCCUCCCGUGGCCCCUGGGGAACAGUGAAGUCAUUGGAGAAGUCACACGUCUUAAUCAUCUCGAUAGUUUUUUUGUUUUUUGCAAGGAAAAAAAAUCAGCUUUUCCCCUCUUUCCAUCAUCCAUUAGACUACCUCCCCUCCUCCUCCUCUCUCUCUCUCUCUCUCUUUUCUCUCACACUCUCUCUCCUAUGCUUUCUAUCUUUUUUUUCUUUCCUUCCCAAUCGUACAUGGUUUUGUCCUUCUGAGCAUUUAUCGCCGACCCUCCCGUGGGCAUUCUUCUUCCCCCCCUUCGUUUAAAGGAUGCCGGAUCAAAUAUCGGUGUCCGAGUUUCUCUCGGAGACGACAGAGGAUUACAAUUCCCCGACAACAUCCAGCUUCACCACCCGACUGCAGAGCUGCAGGAACACCGUGAAUGUGCUGGAGGAGGCGUUGGACCAGGACCGAACCUCCCUGCAGAAGGUGAAGAAGUCAGUUAAGGCCAUCUACAAUUCAGGACAAGAUCAUGUGCAGAAUGAGGAGAACUACGCCCAAGCUUUGGACAAAUUCGGGAGCAACUUCAUCAGCCGUGAUAACCCCGACUUGGGAACGGCUUUUGUCAAGUUCUCCUCCCUCACCAAGGAGCUGUCCGCCCUUCUGAAGAACCUGCUCCAGAGCCUCAGUCACAAUGUGAUCUUCACUCUGGACUCGCUGCUGAAGGGCGAUUUAAAAGGCGUGAAAGGGGACAUAAAGAAGCCCUUUGACAAAGCAUGGAAAGACUACGAAGCCAAGUUUACAAAAAUAGAGAAGGAGAAACGGGAGCACGCCAAGCAACACGGGAUGAUCCGCACCGAGAUCACCGGGGCCGAGAUCGCCGAGGAGAUGGAGAAGGAGCGCCGUCUGUUCCAGCUCCAGAUGUGCGAGUAUCUGAUCAAAGUAAACGAGAUCAAGACCAAGAAGGGAGUGGACCUCCUCCAGAACCUGAUUAAGUAUUACCACGCACAGUGCAAACCCUAAAUGGCUGUCCACCAACCUGGGGAUCCUGACCUGCAUCGAGUGCUCCGGCAUCCACCGAGAGAUGGGGGGUCCACAUCUCCGCAUCCAGUCCAUGGAGCUCGACAAGCUGGGAACCUCAGAACUCUUGCUGGCCAAGAAUGUAGGGAACAGUAGUUUCAAUGAGAUCAUGGAGGGAAAUCUCACUUCCCCUACACCAAAGCCGACUCCCUCCAGUGACAUGACGGUGAGGAAGGAGUUCAUCAAUGCUAAAUAUGUGGACCACAAGUACGCGAGGAAGACGUGCUCGUCUGCGGCAGCUAAAAUGAUCGAUCUGUUCGAGGCGGUCCAGUCCAGGGAUCUGCUGGCCCUCGUCCAGGUCUACGCAGAGGGGGUGGAGCUUAUGGAGCCUCUUCCGGAGGCGGGGCCGGAAGUCGGAGAGACAGCACUGCACUACUCUGUACGGACUGCUGACCAGACCUCGCUGCAUUUGGUGGACUUCCUUGUGCAGAACAGCGGAAACCUGGAUAAGCAGACGGAGUGGGGGAACACCGCCCUCCAUUACUGCUGCAUGUACGAGAAGCCCGAGUGCCUCAAGUUACUCCUGAGGGGCAAACCGGCCACCGACAUCCCCAAUCAGAACGGAGAGACGGCGCUGGAUGUUGCCAGGCGACUGAGGAACAGCCAGUGCGAGGAGGCACUUGUGCAGGCUGCAGAGGGGAAAUUCAACCCUCACAUCCAUGUGGAGUACGAGUGGAGCCUCAGACUGGAGGAGAUGGACGAGAGCGACGAUGAUCUUGAUGAUAAGCCGAGUCCCAUCAAGAAGGACCGCUCCCCGAGGCCUCAGAGCUUCUGCCACUCCUCCAGCCUCUCCCCCCACGACAAACUCUCCCUGCCGGGCUUCAUCAGCCAGAGAGACAAGCAGCAGCGUCUGUCCUACAGCGCCUUCACCAACCAGAUGUACAGCGCCUCCACGGACCUCUCCUCCUCUCCCGUGGCCGACGGACCGCCGCUGCCACCCAGGAACCAGGGCAAAGCUCCUCCCCCAUCUUCUGGCCCUCCCUCUACACUCACAACAGGAGGCAGCUCCACCUUGUCCAAGAAGAGGCCUCCGCCCCCCCCUCCUGGACACAAACGCACCCUGUCUGACCCACCCAGCCCGCUCUCUCACAGUCCACACAGUAAAGGGGGCUUGACUGGGGGAAGCGACUCGACUCCGCCUCCCGUCAGCAAGAUGUCUCCGGUUUCUAACAAGUUUGAAGGCAUUCCUCAGCAGCAAAGCACUACUUCAAGCAACACAAAGUCUACACUUGGUCCAAGGGUUCUUCCCAAACUACCUCAGAAAGUGGCAUUGCGGAAGAUCGACACCAUACACCACCCCUCUAUGGAUAAGCCCAGCCUUCCUCCAGAAGUCUUCCAGAAGUCUCCUCCGGGAGCCGAGACCCCUCAGAAGGCUCCUCUGGCGGAGCGGCCCCAGCUGGGAGAUUUGCCUCCGAAGCCGCAGCCGUCUGAUCUCCCCCCGAAGCCCGGAGAACUUCCUCCGAAGCCGCAGCUCUCCGACCUCCCUCCUAAACCUCAGCUGGGAGACCUCCCGCCCAAACCCCAGCUCAAAGACCUCCCUCCGAAGCCUCACCUCUCCGACAUCCCCCCGAAACCCGGAACGGCCGAGUCCGUUCCCAGACCGCCUCCCGGAGAGACGGCGCCGAAGCCUCAGACGCAACCUCCGCCUCCACCUCAACCGCAGCCGCAACCUCAACCUCAAGACUCGCCGUCACCCAAUCAGCAGGCCAAUAUAGUGACCCCCCCUCAAGCAGCUGCGGAGGACACCAACGGGACCCCGGCAGGGACCGCGGAGACUCCUGUACCGCUGCCGAGGAAGAUUAACACGGGGAAGAGCAAAGCCCGCCGGGUGAAGACGAUCUACGACUGCCAGGCUGACAACGAUGACGAGCUGACAUUUGUGGAAGGAGAGGUGAUAAUAGUGACAGGAGAGGAGGACCAGGAGUGGUGGAUCGGGCACAUUGAAGGAGAUCCGGACAGAAAAGGAGUGUUCCCCAUGUCUUUUGUGCACAUCCUGAGUGACUGACAGCCAGAAAGACUUGCACUACGCCUCUCCCUAAAUUUGGGGAGCUCCUGUAAAUAGCUAUUAAAAAAACACCUCUUGUCACUCGGCAAGUGUCCCUAAAGGUAAAAAACAAAAAAAAAAGAAGAAACCCAAGAAGGCUCAUCUAACCAUGGAUGCUUCGCUUCAUCCAUGCUGUACAAAGAAUGUGUGUAUUCUUCCUCUCUACCAGUAUUAUCUUAACCCUUAUAGCACGGCUGUGACGAAGCCACUCUCAAAACCCUAGCACUUACCUUAAAAGUCUAUGUUUAAUGCUGUUACUGUGUAUAUAUGUAUGUAAAUAUAUAUAUUUGUGUGUGAGUGUAUAUACAUGUUUUAUUGUACAAAACAUGUACCAUUGCUCUCUCUACCUGUCAGAUUGAAACAUCGAGGGGCAGUAGAGGUCGAAUUUUAUCUGUAUUAUUAAUUUUACUGGCCCUCGAAGUAAUUAUCAGCUUAUAUUUCUGGAAAAAGGACAAAUAAGAAAAAGGAAUGUGAAAUAGGUCAUGUCACUAUUUGUGUCUUGCAUCCCUGUUUACCACCAUAAUUGACUGAUGAGGCAGAGGAGUCUCCCCACUAAUCUCUCUCUCUCUCUCUCUCUCUUUUCAUCCCCCUCUGAGAUGAAUUUCAUUAAAUGUACUCCUUGUUCUUGCUUGCUUUUGUGUGUACACGUAUUAUGGUUGUUUUACAGUAAUAGAAACCUGCUGCUACUGUGUGGUGGAUUAGCAAAGCCUGUGGUUCACUGUCGGUCACUAAUUUACUCCUUGUUACACUGUUCACUGUAUGUUAACCCUCUCCCUCCCUCUCUCUCUGUGUGUGUGUGAGUGUGUGGGUGAACUCGACGUCAUCUCCACAGCCCCCCCCCCCCCCCCCUUCCUCCUCCGCUUGACCUUUUUCUGUGCACGGUGUAACAAUGACUGGAAAUUGAGUGGAGUGCUGCGUUCAAUACGCUCACCUCAGGGUUUGAAGAGCCACUAUGAAAUAAAAAGCAGGAAAAAAUUUAAAAAAAAUAAAUAAAUAAAUAAAUAAAGAGGUAUCCUGUUUGUUUGAAGCCACUAUUAACGACAAGUACAGGG